CCCGUUCUACUUAUUUAUAUAUUUUUGUUUGCCUAUUUCUAUUACUUCAAUCCUAAAGCGAAAUUUCUGCUCUUUUUCCUUCUCAUUCUACUCCGAAUCCCUUGCACUCUUCUACACACAACCUUCAUUGGCUGCUGCUGCUGCUGGUUUCCUUUGCUUCUGCUUCUGCAAAAGACGGGCUGAGCAGCGCGGGAAAGGAAAGAAAAUAAAUAUAUGAAAUGGUUAAACGGAUAGCCAAGAGCGAACAGCCGCCUGUACAUAGAAAAGCGACCAAAACGACAGCAAUUACCAAAACAAAAACCAAAGCAAUAACAAAUGGCAAUAAAAAGCAGACGGCUAGCUUGGAUUCGGAGCCAAAACACAAGGGUGGGUCGCAGCUGGCCAGCGAGCCGACAGGCACAGCAGCAGAAACAGCGGUGUCAGCGGUAGCCAAAGAGGUCCAGCGGAUAAUAAUAGGCAACUACAGCAUUGCCGCCUGGUAUGCGUCGCCAUACCCCACCGAGUAUAAGCAGGGGCCAGAUCUCUACAUAUGCGAGCAUUGCCUCAAAUACAUGCGAUACCGGCGAUCGCUCCUCACACACAAAUGUGGGGACCCGUUCCCACGCGGACGGUUGGUGUAUGAGGACACGGCCGCAGCACUGUACGAGGUGGACGGCAAGGAGCACAUACUGUUUUGUCAGAACUUGUGUCUGUUGUCCAAGCUGUUCUUGGACCAAAAGACCAUUUACUACGACAUUGCCAGCUUUUUGUUUUACAUUUUAUUAGUCAAGCCGACGGCUGGCAAAAAGGGUCAGCAGCAGCAAUUCAGCUUUGCUGGAUAUUUUUCUAAAGAAAAGGCCUCAGUCGAUCAAAACAACCUCGCGUGUAUCCUGGUGUUGCCUCCGUUCCGCGGCCAGGGCUAUGGCCAGCUGCUGAUAGAGCUGAGCUAUGAGCUCACAAAGAUGGAAGGCACGACCGGUGGGCCGGAGCAGCCAUUGUCAUCGCAGGGGUUUCACAGCUACCGGUCGUAUUGGCGGCGCACCCUGAUGCAAGCUCUUCUUGGCGAGCUGCCCUCGGUCGAAGAGUAUUUGCGGCAAAUUGCGCGUCCCCUGCAGCAUCACUCGCAUGGCUGGGAGAGCAACCAACGGAUAUUCUCGCUGGAUCGGCUGGCACGGUUAACGGGGAUUAGAAUCGAGGAUGUGCUAUUUACACUGGAUGACUUGGGAUUGCUGCAGUUUUGGCGAGGUCGGCACAUUGUUUGCAUUGCCGACGAGACUAUUCGCAAGAUAGUCGCUGAGCGCCGCAUACAGCUGGAUCUGAGAAUGGAUCUGGACGGACUUCUGGUCGGCGCCGACACGAGUUCAGAGUCUGAACGGGAAAUGAGUGUCGACGGCAGCGAUGUUUCGGAUAGCAAUUCGGCAAACAAUGCUGAUGACAGCGACUAGGCGAACUAAUGAAUGAAUGAACAAAUUGGUACAUUUUGUCGGACACUUUUAAAAAUUAAUAUUUCUUUAACAUUUGCAUCUUUGCGUGUAUGCGCAAGCAUGCAUGGGCGCUAAAUAUGACGUAUGUUCGAUUUUACUUCUUUUUUUUGUAAAGACAGCCGAGCCUUAUAUAUGUGCAACUGUGGCAAAACAUGUGUUAAUAGCACAGUUGCCCCCUUUCCUAUUUGAAUAAUAGGAAAAAGAAGGUUUUCUAAAAUAAAUAAUUUUCUAUUUACUGCCUGACUUUCUUUCUAGUAUCGCAAAAAGAGCCUCAGUCAUCCUCAAGUCUACUUGCAACAAAAAAUUAUAUAAUCAUCUUCAAGAGACGUGACUGAACAAAUUGUAUUUUUUUCUAAAU